AUGCCGGUGGCUUCGGUUGUGGAUUCGGAUGCAUUCAAUCUUCUCAACCAACAAAUGAUGUUGUUGAAUCAAAAGGUGGAUGGCCUUAGUUUGGGAGUUGCACCUAUGGGAGAGCCUUUACAUACCGUGGAAGAUGUCAAUUAUGUGCAUCAAGGAGGGAAUCAAAGGAACUUCUACAACUAUCGCCCUAACAAUGGGGGUGGUAAUUACCAAGGCUAUCGCUCACCCUUCAAUGCACAUCCAAACCUUUCUUAUGGCAAUCCAAACAAUGCUAUCCAACCACCUCCACCACCUCGUUUCCCUACACCUAGUGGGUCGACAAGUGGGGCCGCUAAUGUGCCCACCAAUUCUAAACCUUCAAGUGAUGAUGUCACCCAUGAGCUUCUAAAAGCUCUAAUGGAGAAGACCGAUGGAAUCAUGACACAAUCUACUAAGAGAAUUGAUAAGGUUGAGACGGCGGUAGUGGAGGUCACCACGAGAAUGGGGGCUUUGGAGCAUCAAAUGAGUCAAAUUGCCCAAGCCGUGGGUCAACUUCAUCAACCGGGGCAAUUCCCAAGCAACACCAUUCCUAACCCAAAGGAUUGCAAGGCUAUCAAUUUGAGGAGUGGAACAAGCUAUAAGAGCCCCCCUAUGCCCGAAAAGGAAGCUAUUGUGCAACCCGAAGAAGAAGAGACAAUAGAAGUGGAGGCAUCAACGAAGAGCCCACCAAAAGAUCAAGCCGAGACAAUAGUUCCUCCUAAGCCCACGGAAGUUAAACUUCCUUUCCCUCAAAUGAUGCAAAAGAAAAAGAAGGAUGAACAAUUUUCAAGAUUUUUGGAUAUCUUUAGGAAAGUUCAAAUUAACAUCCCUCUUGUUGAAGCACUUCAACAAAUGCCAAGUUAUGCAAAGUUCCUCAAGGAUGUGGUAUCACAAAAAAGGAAAUGGGGGCACUAUGAGACGGUCAACUUGACGGAGAGUUGCAGUGCAAUUAUUCAAAGGAAGUUGCCGGCCAAAAUGCAAGAUCCGGGAAGCUUCACUAUUGAGUGCACUAUUGGAAAUUGCUUUGUGGGGAAUGCCUUGUGCGAUCUAGGGGCUAGCAUUAAUCUUAUGCCAUUGUCCUUCUUCAACAAGUUGAAUAUUGGUAAAUUGAGAUCGACUAGCAUUACUUUGCAAAUGGCGGAUAGAUCGGUGGCAUAUCCCUCGGGCAUAGCAGAAGAUAUAUUGGUGAGGGUGAAUGAGUUCAUAUUCCCCGUUGACUUCGUGGUGUUGGACAUGGAAGAGGAUAGAAUUGUACCUCUUAUUUUGGGAAGACCGUUCCUUGCCACCGGGAAGGCCAUGAUCGAUGUUUCAAAAGGGGAACCAAAUUGA